AUGCCGAUGCAGCAGGUUGCAUACAAACCUCAACAACAAACAGCGACGAUCCUUUGUUGCAACUGCGGUGCUCCUAUCGAUGGGACAACCUCAGCAGGCGCCCUUUGCGAAGAUUGUGUGAAACUUACGGUUGACAUAUCACAAGGAAUACAGCGAGAAGCCACGCUACACUGCUGUAAGGACUGCGAACGUUGGCUGCAACCGCCUUCACAGUGGAUAAGUGCCGCCCUCGAGUCAAGAGAAUUACUUGCUUUGUGCCUUCGAAAAUUGCGCGGUUUGAGCAAGGUCCGCAUCAUUGACGCAGGGUUCAUAUGGACGGAACCUCAUUCAAAACGAAUCAAGGUCAAAAUUACUGUUCAGCAAGAGGCUUUCCAAGGGACCAUUCUACAACAAACCUUUGAAGUUGAAUAUGUGGUGGCCUCUCAACAAUGUCCCGAGUGUGCCAAGUCGUAUACCCACAAUACUUGGAGGGCGUGUGUACAAGUGCGACAAAAGGUUCCUCACAAACGAACAUUCUUAUAUCUCGAACAGUUGAUUCUGAAACAUAACGCCCACAAGGAUACCAUCAACAUCAAGGAAGCCAAGGAUGGCCUGGACUUCUUUUUCUCACAGCGAAAUCAUGCAGAGAAGAUGGUGGAUUUUUUAUCUUCGGUUGCUCCAACCCGGGUCAAGAAAUCCCAAGAGCUUAUUUCCAUGGAUGUUCAUACUUCAACCAAAUCCUACAAAAUCACCUAUUCCGUUUACCUGAUACCCAUUUGCAAAGAUGAUCUAGUUGCUCUUCCGAUAUCGCUCGCCAAAUCCUUAAGUAACAUACAUCCUCUUACCCUAUGUUAUCGCGUGGGCACCUCGAUUAGUUUGCUAGAUCCAUCUACCCUUCAAACAGCCGACAUCCCUUCCCCAAUAUACUGGAGAACCCCGUUCAAAAACGUGGCAGAUGUCCAAGAGCUUGUUGAGUUCAUUGUUAUGGACAUCGAACCUGCUGGCCGAUCAGUUGGCCACUUCCAUCUCGCUGAAGUUACCGUGGCGCGGGCAUCUGACCUGGGAGUGAAUGACACCACCUAUUUCACGCGAACACACCUUGGCGGGGUCCUCCAUGUCGGAGAUUCUGUGAAGGGUUAUCUCUUAUCCGGCUCAAAUUUCAACGACACGAACUACGAAGCCUUAGAACAAAGCAGCGUAUAUAGCUCUACCAUUCCCGACGUGGUUCUUGUGAGGAAGCACUAUCCCAGGAAGAAGAAGCCCAAGAGAAACUGGCGCCUGAAGCGCAUGAACCGUGAAGAAGAGGAGCCUGUUGCAUCGUCACGGAAACAAGAGAGAGAUCGUGUGGAGGAAGAUUUCGAAAUGUUCUUGCGGGAUGUGGAAGAGGAUGCGGAGUUGAGAAGCACAUUUGCGCUUUACAAAGCCAAACGGGCGAAAGCUGACACAGGUCGUAUGGAGGAUAUUGAUCACGACGCUAUGAGUGUUGUGGAAGAUGACGAGCAUGGCAGUGAAGAUGACAUUCCCAAGAUAAGCAUGGAUGAGCUUCUUGACGAUUUUGAGGAAUUGAAUGUGAGCGGUUAA